GGCCCGCCGUUUCCGGGGUGCGUGUGGGGCUGCCGGCGAGGCGCCCGCGGCGCGGCCCGGCCUGGCUUGGCCCGGCCCGGCUUGGCCCGGCCCGGCCCGCUCCCCGCUCGCCGCCCCUCGCCGUUUCUCGAGCCGGGGUCCCACCAAAGGAAGGAGAAGCCGAACAAACUUUCAAGGGUUUCGCCUCGGCGGCAGUCCGGGCCGCGCAUGGUGGUGAUAACUCGUGCGGGAGCCACGAGUGUUUUCGGGUCUGCGGGAUGCUGCCUGCGGUUCUCGGCACAGGAAAGAAAGCUCCACGAGCAGGCUGCGUUGUGAUCGCUUCAAGAUGACACUGAAGUCUUCAGCUUUUAUUUUGUCUUCGUUUCUCUCCACCUUCCACUUUUUGUAGAGUUGAUUGUGAAAGGUGCCAUGUUUCAGAACGGAGUAAGACAACUGAGAAAGAAGAGCUGAAGAAAGUAGCACAGAAACAUAUACAGGCUAAUUGGGGGAAAAAAAAUUAACCUGUCUCUGAGGUGACUAAAGGGGAAUAAUGGUGAUUUUGCGCCGGGCUCGGCCGCCUGCUUCCGCCCCAACCAGCAAUGAAUCUUGACUCGCUCUCGCUGGCCUUGUCUCAAAUCAGCUACCUGGUGGACAAUUUAACCAAGAAAAACUACCGAGCCAGCCAGCAGGAAAUACAACAUAUUGUGAAUCGGCACGGUCCCGAGGCAGACAGGCAUUUACUACGCUGUCUAUUCUCGCACGUGGAUUUCAGUGGCGAUGGUAAAAGCAGUGGCAAAGAUUUUCAUCAGACUCAAUUUCUGAUCCAGGAGUGUGCGUCGCUGAUUACAAAACCAAACUUUAUCUCGACGCUGUCCUACGCCAUUGACAAUCCGUUGCACUAUCAGAAGAGUCUAAAGCCUUCACCCCACUUAUUUGCCCAAUUGAGUAAAGUCAUCAAAUUAAGUAAAGUUCAAGAGGUGAUUUUUGGUCUUGCUUUACUGAACUCUUUCAGCUCAGAUCUACGAGGUUUUGCUGCCCAGUUUAUCAAACAGAAACUCCCGGAUCUUUUGCGCUCUUACAUUGACGCGGACGUCAGUGGAAAUCAAGAAGGUGGCUUCCAAGAUAUUGCAAUAGAGGUCCUGCACCUUCUCCUCUCCCAUCUCCUUUUUGGGCAGAAGGGAGCCUUUGGGGUAGGACAGGAACAGAUUGACGCUUUUCUCAAAACAUUACGUAGAGAUUUUCCCCAGGAGCGUUGCCCUGUGGUGCUUGCACCACUUCUAUACCCUGAAAAACGGGACAUUCUAAUGGACAGGAUCCUGCCUGAUUCUGGAGGGAUAGCCAAAACCAUGAUGGAGAGUUCUCUGGCAGACUUCAUGCAAGAAGUUGGCUAUGGCUUUUGUACAAGUGUUGAAGAAUGUCGCAACAUAAUCAUGCAGUUUGGUGUUCGGGAGGUCACAGCUGCCCAGGUUGCCAGGGUUUUGGGGAUGAUGGCUCGGACUCAUUCGGGGUUGACGGACGGUAUUCCAUUACAAUCUAUUUCGGCUCCUGGCAGUGGGAUUUGGAGUGAUGGGAAAGAUAAAAGUGAUGGAGCACAAGCCCACACCUGGAAUGUGGAGGUCUUAAUUGAUGUUCUUAAAGAGCUGAAUCCUAGUUUGGACUUCAAAGUGGUAACCUAUGAAUUGGACCAUCCAGGAUUUCAGAUUCGUGACAGCAAGGGCUUGCAGAUUGUGGUGUUUGGGAUCCAGAGAGGGCUAGGCAUGGAAGUCUUCCCAGUUAACGCCAUAUAUAGACCUUGGAAACACGCAGAGGGCCAGCUCUCCUUCAUUCAGCAUUCCCUCAUAAACCCUGACAUCUUCUGUUUUGCUGACUACCCUUGUCAUACUGUUGCCACAGACAUCCUGAAAGCACCACCAGAGGAUGACAAUCGAGAAAUUGCAACAUGGAAGAGCCUGGAUUUGAUUGAAUCUCUGUUACGAUUGGCAGAAGUGGGACAGUAUGAGCAGGUUAAGCAGCUCUUCAGUUUUCCUAUCAAGCACUGCCCAGAUAUGUUGGUAUUGGCCUUAUUGCAGAUCAACACUUCCUGGCAUACCUUGCGCCAUGAACUCAUCUCCACGCUCAUGCCAAUUUUCCUUGGCAACCAUCCCAACUCUGCCAUCAUUUUGCACUAUGCAUGGCAUGGACAGGGUCAGUCUCCUUCGAUUCGCCAGCUUAUCAUGCAUGCAAUGGCAGAAUGGUACAUGAGAGGGGAGCAGUAUGACCAGGCAAAAUUGUCACGUAUUCUUGAUGUGGCGCAAGACUUGAAGGCCUUGUCAAUGCUGCUAAAUGGUACUCCAUUUGCCUUUGUUAUUGACCUUGCUGCACUUGCCUCUCGACGGGAAUACCUCAAACUUGACAAAUGGCUCACAGAUAAAAUUCGGGAGCAUGGGGAGCCCUUCAUCCAGGCCUGCAUGACUUUCUUAAAGAGAAGAUGUCCAUCGAUCCUGGGUGGCCUGGCUCCAGAAAAAGAUCAGCCCAAAAGUGCUCAACUUCCUCCAGAAACCUUGGCAACUAUGUUGGCUUGUCUCCAAGCUUGUGCUGGGAGUGUGUCUCAGGAGCUGUCGGAGACGAUCCUCACCAUGGUAGCUAACUGCAGUAAUGUCAUGAACAAGGCUAGACAGCCACCACCUGGAGUCAUGCCAAAAGGCCGUCCACCUAGUGCUAGCAGCUUGGAUGCCAUCUCUCCUGUGCAGAUCGACUCGCUUGCAGGAAUGGCAUCUCUUAGUUUAGGUGGCUCAGCUGCUCCUCAUACCCAGAGCAUGCAAGGCUUCCCUCCAAACUUGGGCUCUGCAUUCAGUACUCCUCAGUCACCAGCAAAAGCGUUUCCCCCUCUUUCCACCCAGAACCAGACAACAGGUUUCAGUGGCAUUGGAGGACUCUCUUCACAGCUUCCAGUAGGUGGUCUUACUACGGGUAGCCUGACUGGUAUAGGAACUGGGGCCCUUGGCCUCCCUGCAGUGAACAAUGACCCAUUCGUGCAAAGGAAACUGAGCACAUCUGGACUGAACCAACCUACAUUCCAGCAGAGUAAGAUGAAACCUUCUGACUUAUCUCAGGUGUGGCCAGAGGCUAAUCAGCACUUUAGCAAAGAAAUAGAUGAUGAGGCAAACAGCUACUUUCAACGUAUUUAUAACCAUCCACCACAUCCGACCAUGUCUGUAGAUGAGGUGUUAGAGAUGCUACAGAGAUUUAAGGACUCCAACAUUAAACGGGAACGUGAAGUGUUUAACUGUAUGCUGAGGAACUUGUUUGAAGAAUACCGUUUUUUUCCUCAAUACCCAGAUAAAGAGCUGCACAUAACAGCCUGCCUCUUUGGUGGGAUAAUAGAGAAAGGACUGGUUACUUAUAUGGCAUUGGGCCUGGCCCUGCGCUAUGUUCUUGAAGCCUUACGAAAGCCUUUUGCAUCCAAAAUGUACUAUUUUGGUAUUGCUGCACUAGAUAGAUUUAAAAAUAGAUUGAAGGACUAUCCCCAGUAUUGUCAGCACUUGGCUUCUAUUAGUCACUUUAUACAGUUCCCUCAUCACUUACAGGAGUACAUAGAAUAUGGACAGCAGUCCAGAGAUCCUCCUGUGAAGAUGCAGGGUUCAAUCACCACCCCUGGAAGUAUUGCACUUGCCCAGGCUCAGGCCCAGGCCCAAGUUCCAGCAAAAGCUCCUCUUGCUGGCCAAGUCAGCACUAUAGUAACCACCUCAACCACCACCACUGUUGCAAAAACCAUUACAAUCACUCGUCCAACUGGAGUCAGCUUCAAGAAAGAUGUGCCGCCUUCCAUUAAUACAACUAACAUUGAUACGCUGUUAGUAGCAACAGAUCAAACUGAGAGAAUUGUGGAACCUCCAGAGAAUGUUCAGGAAAAAAUUGCUUUCAUCUUCAAUAAUCUGUCUCAGUCAAAUAUGACACAAAAGGUUGAGGAGCUGAAGGAAACAGUGAAAGAAGAGUUCAUGCCUUGGGUAUCGCAGUAUCUUGUCAUGAAAAGAGUCAGUAUUGAGCCAAACUUUCACAGCUUAUAUUCUAACUUCCUUGACACUCUUAAGAAUCCAGAGUUUAAUAAGAUGGUUCUGAACGAAACCUACAGAAAUAUCAAGGUGCUACUGACAUCAGAUAAAGCUGCAGCCAACUUCUCAGACCGUUCCUUGUUAAAGAACCUUGGUCAUUGGCUGGGAAUGAUUACGUUGGCUAAAAACAAGCCCAUCUUGCACACGGAUUUGGAUGUGAAAUCACUGCUUCUGGAAGCAUAUGUUAAGGGACAGCAGGAACUGCUUUAUGUAGUGCCAUUUGUUGCCAAAGUCUUAGAAUCCAGUGUCAGGAGUGUGGUGUUCAGGCCUCCAAACCCGUGGACAAUGGCCAUUAUGAAUGUUUUAGCUGAGCUGCAUCAAGAACAUGAUCUAAAAUUGAAUCUGAAGUUUGAGAUUGAGGUGCUCUGCAAGAACCUUGCACUGGACAUCAAUGAGCUGAAACCUGGAAGUCUCCUGAAAGAUAAAGAUCGGUUGAAAAAUCUGGAUGAGCAGCUAUCUGCUCCAAAGAAGGAUGUGAAGCAGCCAGAAGAGCUACCACCCAUCACAACAGCUACUGCUUCUACAACUCCAGCUACCAGCACCACUUGUACAGCUACGGUUCCUCCGCAGCCUCAGUACAGUUACCAUGACAUCAAUGUCUACUCUUUAGGAGGGUUGGCUCCACAUAUUACCCUAAAUCCAACGAUUCCACUGUUUCAGGCCCACCCUCAGUUGAAGCAGUGUGUGCGGCAGGCUAUAGAGCGAGCAGUGCAAGAGCUGGUCCAUCCAGUGGUAGAUCGGUCCAUUAAGAUUGCCAUGACUACUUGUGAACAGAUAGUCAGGAAGGACUUUGCACUGGAUUCGGAAGAGUCACGAAUGCGUGUAGCAGCACAUCAUAUGAUGCGGAACCUGACUGCUGGGAUGGCCAUGAUUACCUGUAGGGAACCUUUGCUGAUGAGCAUAGCUACCAACUUGAAGAAUAGUUUUGCUACUGCACUGAGGGCAGCCUCCCCACAACAGAGGGACAUGAUGGAGCAAGCAGCUGCCCAGUUAGCGCAGGAUAAUUGUGAGCUCGCAUGCUGCUUUAUUCAGAAGACAGCUGUGGAAAAGGCGGGCCCUGAAAUGGAUAAGAGGCUAGCAACUGAAUUUGAGCUCAGAAAACAUGCUAGGCAAGAGGGUCGUCGGUACUGUGAUCCUGUUGUGUUAACUUACCAAGCAGAACGGAUGCCAGAACAGAUCAGGUUAAAGGUUGGAGGUGUGGAUCCAAAACAGCUGGCUGUUUACGAAGAGUUUGCUCGCAAUGUCCCUGGCUUCUUACCUACCAAUGAUUUAACUCAGCCUACGGGAUUCUUGGCUCAGCCUAUGAAGCAAGCCUGGGCUACAGAUGAUGUAGCACAAAUCUAUGAUAAAUGUAUGACAGAACUGGAGCAGCACCUGCAGUCCAUUCCACAUACCCUGGCCAUGAAUCCUCAAGCUCAAGCUUUGCGCAGCCUCUUGGAGGCUGUGGUAGUGGCUCGUAACUCACGUGAUGCUAUUGCUGCACUUGGACUGCUGCAGAAGGCUGUUGAGGGCUUACUGGAUGCCACGAGUGGGGCAGAUGCUGACCUCCUGCUUCGCUAUCGUGAGUGUCAUCUGCUUGUGCUGAAGGCUCUGCAGGAUGGCCGUGCAUAUGGAUCUCCAUGGUGUAACAAACAAAUUACUAGGUGCCUGAUCGAAUGCAGAGAUGAGUACAAGUACAAUGUGGAAGCAGUGGAGUUGCUAAUCCGCAAUCACCUUGUUAACAUGCAGCAGUAUGAUCUUCACUUGGCUCAGUCGAUGGAGAAUGGCUUGAACUACAUGGCAGUGGCAUUUGCCAUGCAGUUGGUAAAGAUCCUCUUGGUGGAUGAGAGAAGUGUUGCCCACGUAACAGAGGCAGAUCUGUUUCACACCAUUGAGACGCUCAUGAGGAUUAACGCUCACUCCAGAGGAAAUGCCCCAGAAGGAUUACCCCAGUUGAUGGAAGUGGUCCGAUCAAACUAUGAAGCCAUGAUUGACCGUGCUCAUGGAGGUCCCAAUUUCAUGAUGCAUUCUGGAAUAUCCCAAGCCUCUGAGUAUGAUGACCCACCAGGUCUGAGGGAGAAGGCGGAAUAUCUACUGAGGGAAUGGGUGAACCUCUACCAUUCAGCUGCAGCAGGCCGUGACAGUACCAAAGCUUUCUCUGCGUUUGUUGGACAGGUAGAGCUUUUGGAAAGAAAGAUGCACCAGCAAGGAAUCCUGAAAACGGAUGACCUGAUAACUCGAUUUUUUCGUCUUUGCACUGAAAUGUGUGUUGAAAUCAGCUAUCGUGCUCAGGCUGAGCAACAGCAUAACCCUGCUGCCAACCCCACAAUGAUUCGAGCCAAGUGCUACCACAAUCUGGAUGCCUUUGUGCGACUUAUUGCACUGCUAGUGAAGCACUCUGGGGAGGCAACCAACACAGUUACAAAAAUCAACCUCCUGAACAAGGUUCUCGGUAUUGUGGUGGGAGUUCUUCUGCAGGACCAUGAUGUCCGGCAGAGUGAAUUUCAGCAGCUUCCUUACCAUCGCAUUUUCAUCAUGUUGCUGUUAGAAUUAAAUGCUCCUGAGCAUGUGCUGGAGACCAUCAACUUCCAGACACUCACAGCCUUCUGUAACACAUUUCACAUCCUGAGGCCUACAAAAGCUCCAGGUUUUGUUUAUGCCUGGCUGGAACUGAUCUCCCAUCGGAUAUUUAUUGCAAGAAUGCUGGCACAUACACCACAGCAGAAGGGUUGGCCUAUGUAUGCCCAGUUACUGAUCGAUCUUUUCAAGUACUUGGCUCCUUUUCUUAGAAAUGUGGAACUCACCAAACCUAUGCAAAUUCUUUACAAGGGUACCCUGCGAGUGUUGCUGGUCCUGUUGCAUGAUUUCCCAGAAUUUCUGUGUGACUACCACUAUGGGUUCUGUGAUGUGAUCCCCCCUAACUGUAUUCAGCUAAGGAACCUUAUCCUGAGUGCCUUCCCACGGAACAUGAGGCUUCCAGACCCUUUCACCCCCAACCUGAAGGUGGACAUGCUGAGUGAGAUUAAUAUUGCUCCACGGAUACUUACCAAUUUCACUGGCGUGAUGCCACCUCAGUUCAAGAAAGACUUGGAUUCUUAUCUCAAAACCCGUUCUCCUGUCACUUUCUUGUCUGACUUGCGCAGCAACCUACAGGUAUCAAAUGAACCUGGCAACCGCUACAACAUCCAGCUGAUUAAUGCACUGGUGCUCUACGUAGGUACUCAAGCUAUUGCGCACAUUCACAACAAAGGCAGCACACCCUCCAUGAGCACUAUCACCCACUCAGCUCACAUGGACAUCUUCCAGAAUUUGGCUGUAGAUUUGGACACUGAAGGUCGGUACCUUUUCUUGAAUGCAAUUGCCAAUCAGCUGCGAUAUCCCAACAGUCACACCCAUUACUUCAGUUGCACCAUGCUUUACCUGUUUGCAGAGGCCAACACCGAGGCUAUCCAGGAGCAAAUCACUAGGGUUCUCUUGGAACGACUGAUUGUAAAUAGGCCUCAUCCCUGGGGUCUCCUUAUUACUUUCAUUGAGCUGAUAAAAAAUCCAGCAUUUAAGUUCUGGAACCAUGAGUUUGUUCACUGUGCUCCAGAGAUUGAGAAGUUGUUCCAGUCAGUUGCACAGUGCUGUAUGGGGCAGAAGCAGGCCCAGCAAGUAAUGGAAGGGACUGGUGCCAGUUAGAUGAGCUGCAUCUUGUAUUGUAAGCGUGCCAGCCUGGAGGUCCCCAUCCCAUCGACCGACAGAAGAAUCUGUAAGGCUCUUCCUGACCUUCCCAGCCCCCUGAUUGGGUACAUGCAACAGACCUUGGGUGAAAGUCUGUGUGGGCACGUUCCAAAGUUUCAAACAAAUUUUUGACUUUUGGCCAAAAUUCAGAAGAUGCUGUGAAUAUCAUUUUGAACUAGUGUAAAUACAAGGAACAGAAACGUUUGUCUGGACUUUUGGGUUUGUGCAAACUGUGUAAAGACAGGUGGGUAACUGGUGCCUGUCCAGCUUGUAAUAAAGGGGCAGCUGCUGAUGCCAAGCACUUGUCUGGGGCAGACCUCCUUGUCCUGACAUUCCCAGACUCCCAAAGAAUAUUGAAAAGCCAGUUAUAAUAUUAUGUAACUUAUUUUUUCUUUAUGUGGAUGGGGGACCUUUAAAUCACUAAGUUGUUUUACAAAAAAAAGUGGAUGUGUUUGGAAUACGGGAAUACUAUGGAAUAGGGAAGGGUGAGGGAGGGAUUAAGGUUCAGAGUUCCUUUUUUUCCCCCCCCACAUCAAAUCAUCAAAUGCUGACAGACAGCAAGGGGAGCGGCAGUCGGAAAACGCCUCCUUUCUGUUGGAGAAGAUACACCUCAGGCCCUUUGGGAGAGGGUCAGCUGUUUUUAGUAAAGAAACCAGAGACCAGGCCUAUAGCUUUUUUUUUUCCUUUUUUUUUUUUUUUCUUUUCCUGACACUUGUAAAUUUUGGAGGGGGGACUAAACCUAGACCUUCCCCCUGAUGGCCACACAGUAUAAGUUUGUUUAAAAAAAAAAAAAAAAAAAAGACCAAAGGACCAAUACAGCCCAUUUUGUAAGGAUUUUGAAUGUUUUGUAAAGUAUUGGUCCAUGUGUUGUAUUUUGUAGCCUUUCUAGUUCUUGGGCUUUAGUUCUCCCACUUCUUGUAUGUAUGCAUACUGUAGUUACACAUUAAAGUCAUGACAUGCA